CUCCGCCUUCCUCACUUCCCUAAAGCCCAGUAUAAGGGCGUGUGUGGGGCGCAGGGGCCAGGGCACUGUGCGGAGGCCCCUAGCUCUCAGGAGAGUCCCUGCUUGUCUAUGCUGGGGCCACCCCAGAGGCUGACAGCCCAGGAGGACGCAACCCAGGAGCCACUUGGAGGCUGAGCAGACAAUGCCAGGGCUCCCUCACCUGGCCCUGGCCCUGGCCCUGGCCCUGAUCCAGGCAGUCUCUGCUCUCCAGAUGGAGGACGACGUGCCCCAUCUGCAGAGCCCAGAGGCAGGGCUGUGCUCGGGCCCAGGUGGCACUUGGAGGCAGGAGGGAGCAUCGGCCCUGGGCCAGGAGGCGAUUCCUACAAUGAGAAACGAGGCCAAGGCUCUGCAAGAUCAAGAGGAUUCGCUAUGCCCUAGGGAGGAGGACACUGUUCUGAUCCAGGGGGGCCCAAGGUGCCCAAUCCACCACUACCUGCUGGUGCGGACCCCUAAGGUGUUUAAUCAAGCUAAGAACAUCUGCAAGAGAUGCUAUGGGGGCAACCUGGUCUCCAUCCACAACUACAGGGCCAACCAUCACAUCCUCCUGCAUGCCAGCAAGAUCAACCAGGCCCAGGUCUGGAUUGGAGGCUUCCUCAAAGGCUGGUUCCUGUGGAAAAAGUUUCGCUGGACAGAUGGCAGCAGCUGGAAUUUUGGAUACUGGGCCCCAGGGCAGCCUGGGAAUGGGAAAGGCUCCUGCGUGGCCCUGUGUACCAAAGGGGGCCACUGGCGACGUGCCCGGUGCUACAAUCGCCUGCCCUUCAUCUGCUCCUACUAGACCCUGCCUGGAAGAGAGCUUCCUGCCUCAGCCUCCUGGCUUGUGCCAUAAACCAAGCUUCCCACAGCAGGCC